CGCCUCGCUCCCGCCCCACCGGCGCCUUGGCCUCGCGCCCGCCGCCGGCUGCCGGGCUGAGGUUGAGCGGGCCGCAGCAACCCCGGCCGACGCGCACCCUCGACGUCCCUGCGCCCGCCUGGGUACUGUGUGGACGUCGCAGGUAGCCGGGAAACAUUAUUUAAUGAAAAGUUCAUGCUUGCGGAGUAAAAAUGGCGGGCUUCCUAGAUAACUUCCGAUGGCCAGAGUGUGAGUGCAUUGACUGGAGUGAGAGGAGAAACGCCGUGGCCUCUGUGGUCGCAGGCAUACUGUUUUUUACAGGUUGGUGGAUAAUGAUCGAUGCCGCGGUGGUCUAUCCUAAGCCUGAGCAGUUGAACCACGCUUUUCACACAUGUGGUGUGUUUUCCACACUGGCUUUCUUCAUGAUAAACGCCGUAUCCAACGCGCAGGUGAGAGGCGACAGCUAUGAGAGCGGCUGUUUGGGACGGACAGGUGCCCGCGUCUGGCUCUUCAUCGGCUUCAUGCUGAUGUUCGGCUCGCUCAUCGCCUCCAUGUGGAUCCUCUUUGGUGCUUACGUCACUCAGAAUAUUGAUGUUUAUCCUGGACUAGCUGUGUUCUUUCAAAAUGCUCUUAUAUUUUUUAGCACUCUGAUCUACAAAUUCGGAAGAACUGAAGAACUCUGGACUUGAGAUCGCCUCUCAAAUUGUACCCUCCUCUUGUUCAGUUCUGUUCUUAGAUAACUUUAUCUCUGGAAUAAUUUACACAUUGCCAAAUGGAACAGAUUGUACACUGAGUGUUUGAUUUCUUCACAGUUUUAUGCUCUGAGAUUAGAAUUGCUCUUGCAAAAUGUCUGUCUUGGUUUUUCAUUGGCGGACAAGCUAAUAUGUACAUAAUCCACAACCACACAAUACAUAAUACGUGAUGCUGGAUGUCAGGGUUUAUUCCGAGGCGCUCAGAUUAGUCCGUGUCCCAAGCUGGGGUUCUAUUGUCUUGGUGUUGAGAGGUGAAUACUCUGUCUUGGUGUCUGAUGUUGGACAGUGAAGAAAAUGCACACCUCCGCGUCUCUGCAGAGGCCUGAGCUAUCAGAAGGCGAGCGUAUUUGCCAGCUGUAAUUUAUUUUGGCUUGGAAUUGAGACUUUUUUAAAAGGAAAAAUGUUUGUGUGUAUGUAUGUAUUAGAGAACUGGACUUUUUAUAUGAAGACUUUUUAAAUGCUCAAAGGCCUAGUUUGAAGCCCCCUUUAAAAAGAAUUCCUCAUCCGUGACUUUUAUUUGAGAAGGGAUAACACUCUCAGAAAAGCUCCAUUUGUUGGAGUUAAUGUAAAAGGACCGCAGGUGGCUGAGCACGCUGGAGCAGUGACCCUGAGACACGUGUCACACAAAGUGGGAUAAUUAGCUAAAGAUAGACUUCCCCCUGAAGGGCCACAGCCAUUUGAUUCUCCUAGCCCUUGGCUCCCAUGCUCUCGCCUCCAGCUUCAGGUGACCAGAUGCUGCACAACAGCUCGUGUGCUGAAAGCCACACUCCACCCCGGAAGCCCCUCCGCCAAGUCCGAGUGCUGUGCUUGCCCCGUGUCUCUUCCUGCAGGCUUUCCUUUGUUGUGAAGAUUCUGUGUUGCACUCUUAACCCCAGAGGGAUUUUUAUAAAACCUUUUGCAGAAAACAAUAAUAUUAGUGGUAGCAUAUGCAACUUUCAAUGCAGGCCUUACGUUCUUAGCUUGCCUCCCCGAGAGAGAGGCCUCACCAAGCACAGCGCGUGAAGUGGCUGCGGAUUGCUGCGCCUUCAUCUAGAUGCGUCUCGCUUCGUUACUCCGCUGUCAGCCCUUCAAAAUGCUGCUUUGUCUGGCUUCCGGAACACGGCGAAGCUAAUCACACAUUUCCAUUCUUAGAGUCUAAUGCAAUAAAUAUUCCUCGUACCUGCAUUGUACAGCUAGGUGUGCUGGGGAAAAUGAUCCGCAGCCCUGCUCUCUGUUAUUCUCCAUUGUCCGAGUUAACCCUAUCAUGACUUCAGCACGCCAGUGUGGAGGUUUAUGAAGGGCAGCCCUGAGGACCUACUGACGAAGCUGCUGGCUUCUUUUGUGUUCAUGAAUUUUGUUUUAGUUGUGAGCAUUCUGUUGAUUUUCUCUGUUACCUCAAUAAACGAGAGACGCUGUUAGCGCCCUCUCCCAGGUGUUGUGAUCAGUAGAAGCCUCGGUGAUCCUCUAAAUCACAUGAUUCUCCUAAUAAAAGUCUUUAUUUGUUACUCAA